GAAUGUGUGUCAUCGACUGGUGGGUUCGGUUGGUCAAUUGGGCGUGUUUGCGGGGCACCCCCCUCGCAGCUCUAACUGCGCCCGCUUCGCAUCUGCCCGCUUCGCAUCUGCCAGCAUCGCAUCUUCCAGCUCACUGAGUGCACUCGCUAGUAUCCGACGGGCUCGGAAGACUCUAAUUUCCUUCCACAGGAAGAAACUCCUCUCCUUCGCCGCUCACCUCCUCGUCUCGCUUGCGCGCGCCACUGCACCGUACCGCGUGCGCUCCGUGCCGAACCGCGAUGCUCGCUGUGAGUGCGGGACGCCUAGCGCCGCCGCUCGUCGUGCCUCCGAGCCGCCUGACGUCGUCGUCGUCGCGACGCCGCUGCUGGCCGCCGCACGGGGGGCGAUCGGCGACGAGUGCAGCGAUGCGCGGCACAGUCGUGGCGCAGGCAGCGGCGCCCUCCCCCCUUCCCCCGCCCCCCGCGCACUGCCCCGUGGUGGACGCGCACCUGCACGUGUGGGCCAAUGAGGCGGAGUCGCGUGAGUUCCCCUUCCAUCCGGGGCAGGAGCCCACCAUACCCGGGGAUGUAGCACUGCUGCUCAAG